AUGUGGGGCAAUUACUGUAGACUAGUUUGGCCAUUCUUUUGCUUCCUUUUGGCUGUAAACUGUUGCACUAAGCUUGCUUCAGCUCAGAAUUUAUGCAGUGAAACAAGGUGCGGUCCUAAUGCUCCUGUUAUUCAGCCACCUUUCCGACUUAAAGACACACAACCACAAAAGUGUGGUCUAAUUGGGUUUGAUCUUUCAUGCAACCAGAGCAACCAAACCUUUCUAGAAUUGCCUCUUUCAGUAAAACUUCUUGUGAACACAAUUAAUUACACUUCCCAGAAGAUUAAUGUCACUGACCCGGAUGGGUGCCUUCCAAGACUUUUGUCAAAUCUCAAUAUAUCUGCCUCUCCUUUCCACUACCUUGAAAAUUUAAAUGCUAACUACACCUUAUUCAAUUGUUCAUCCAUGAACACUGAUUUACUAUCUUAUGCUUCUAGUUCUAUCCCAUGCCUUUCGGCUCCUGGAUACCAAGUUUAUGCCUUGGACUCUACACUUCGCAUCAAGGAUGUUACCUUGUCGUAUUGUACUAAGUUGUAUGACAUAUCAUCAUCGGUUCCAAAUUAUGUUUUUGACCAGACGGAUGAUCUUAUUUUAAGCUGGGAUAACUCAAGAUAUGUCUAUAUGACAGAAACUGAAGGUUCAGGGAUAUCAGUGAUAUCAGUGAAGCUUCUAGCACCAGCACUAUCAAUUGUUCUGAUUGCGGUAGUGGUCAUUGUGUUAUAUCAUGUGCACCGCACAAGGCAAAAAGAAAAAGAAUAUCACACAAGAAUUGAGAAAUUCUUGGAGGAUUAUAGAGCACUUAAACCCACGAGGUAUUCCCAUGCAGAUGUGAAGAGGAUAACAAACAAUUUCAAGACUGAAUUGGGGCAGGGAGCAUAUGGAACUGUGUAUAAAGGCAUACUAUCUGGUGAGAUUUCAGUUGCUGUUAAGCUUCUCAAAAGUUCCACAGGGAAUGGACCAGAGUUCAUCAAUGAAGUGGGAACAAUGGGUCAAAUUCACCAUGUCAACGUGGUUCGCUUAGUUGGUUUCUGUGCAGAUGGACAUACAAGAGCUCUAGUUUAUGAAUAUUUGCCAAAUGGCUCAUUACAGAAGUUCAUAUCUACCACAGACUUUAGAAACCAUUGCCUUAGCUGGAAAAAGCUGCAAGAAAUUGCUCUUGGAAUAGCCAAAGGGAUUGAGUAUCUUCACCAAGGAUGUGAUCAGAGGAUCCUACACUUUGAUAUCAAACCCCACAACAUCUUGCUUGACCAGCACUUCACUCCCAAGAUAUCUGAUUUUGGUUUGGCUAAGUUAUGUUCCAAGGAUCAAAGUGCAGUUUCCAUGACUGCAGCAAGGGGAACUAUAGGCUAUAUAGCACCUGAAGUUUUCUCUAGGAACUUUGGGAAUGUAUCAUAUAAAUCUGAUGUCUAUAGUUUUGGAAUGUUAUUACUUGAGAUGGUUGGAGGAAAACAGAAUGACGAAGUUAUGGAAAACGAAACUGGUCUAGGCUACUUCCCAGAAUGGAUUUACAAUCUGUUAGAGCAAGGAGAUGACCUAAGAGAGCAUAUUGAGGAAGAGAAAUAUGCUAAAAUAGCUAAGAAGCUUGCAAUUGUGGGACUCUGGUGCAUCCAGUGGCACCCAGUUGAUCGUCCUUCUAUGCAAUUUGUGGUUCAUAUGUUGGAAGGAGAUGGAGACAAUUUAAGUAUGCCACCAAAUCCAUUUGCUUCUGCAGAUCCAAUUAUAAUGAAUAUGAGUAUGCUUGGAAGGCAGCUUCACAAGGACUAA